AUGCCCGCCGAAGCGAAACCCGAUCACAUAUUCGUAUUAGUACACGGUCUUGCAGACACACUACACGCAUGGGACAAUUGCAUCAAGGAGCUUUGCAAGUGGGGCUCUCCAAAUGUCUUGUUCUACGCAUCUGCUGUCAACGCACGCUUCAGGACGCAUGAUGGCUUUGACAAAUGUGGCGAACGAUUAGCAAAUGAGAUAAGGGAAGUUGUUCGCCAGCACCCUCAGUUGACAAAGCUGUCGCUCAUUGGCCACAGCAUGGGGGGCAUGAUUGCCCGAUACGCGAUUGGCACCCUUUUCAAUCCAUCUGACAGCACUAUCUGCGGUCUAAAGCCAGUACAUUACAUUACAUUGGCUACACCGCAUUUGGGCUUGACAACGGACGACGGGCCGGCGCAGGUGCCCUUUGUGGCAUGGGCGGGUGGUAUACCUGUGCUGGGACGCCAAGUCAAGAGCGCCUUGCAGUCCAUGGCUCACGGUGUCGCCCGCGCCGUGUUCCGCCACACGGGUCGUCACUUCCUGGCGCUGGACGGCGCCCCGGGGGAGCUGCCCCUGCUCAUGAUGCUGGCCAUGGACCUACCGGACAGGGGUCAGUACUUCCUCUCCGCCCUGGCCGCCUUCGCCUCUCGCGCUUGCUACGGCAAUGUGGGCGGGGACCACUGGGUCAGCUGGACAAACGCUACCUUACGGGCCACAGAUGACCUGCCCUGCAUUCCACCCGAUAUUGUACGACAUGGCCGUGGUGUCGUACGAGAGGACCCCCCCGACGCGGGCAUCGGCUUCUCCUCUUCUAGCCCCGAUUCCAAUAGUGCUGGUGCUGGCGGAGGUGGGGGUGGAGGUGGUGGGCAGUUGCUGGACGUUGUGGCCCUGGAGGGGCAGGCGGAGUCACCCCAGCAGGUGGUCGCCUUCGCUCUGGGGCGGCUGGGGCGGCUGCCGUGGCGGCGAGUGGAUGUGAGCUUCGGCGGCGCCCUGGUGGGUACGGCCCACAAUAACAUCCAGGCAACCCGGUGGACCAACCUGGUGGGCUUUUCCGUACUGGGGCACCUGCGGGGGCACCUGCAGGCGGUGGAGGGGCUGCUUGCUGCCCUGGAAGGCUAUCAGCGGGAUCUACUGCAGGCAGCUGCGAAAGAUGACAGCAUCGUAUAUCUGGAGACAGGCAUGGGCAAGACCCGCAUCGCCCUGGAGCUCAUAUCCCGUGAGCUGCCUUCGCUUCGAAGGGAGGGUCAGGUGGCGGUAGUUUUAGCCCCUUCGGUGCCACUUGUGCGGCAGCAAGCCGAGGUGCUGGCGAGUGUCCCCACCUCCGGCCUCCCCACACCCGCACCCGCACCCGGGGGAGCCCCAGGCCCCUCCCGCUGCUGCGACGUGGCGGUUGCCGGCGCCUUGGCCUCACCACCGAAAUCCAAAAAGGCCUGUAAGCCCCACAAUGCUGGAUCCAGAUCUGGAUCCAGAUCUGCUGGUGCGGCCGGCGGAGGCGGCUCUCUGCUGCGGGUGGCCUACCUGGGGGGGGACAGCUCCCCGAGCUCAUGGGGGCCGGAGCGGUGGCGGGAGAUGCUGAGGCGUGUGGAUGUGCUGGUGUGUACGCCUGCCGUACUGCUGGGUGCUCUGGUCCACGCGUUGGUCCGGAUAUCCGACAUCGGGCUGGUGGUGGUGGAUGAGGCUCAUCACUGUCGGGAACAACACCCUUAUGCCGUACUGAUGAGGGAGUUCAUCGGUCGACAGUCCCCGGCUCCUGCGCUGCCGCCAGCACCCUCGGCGGGAGGCGAGGCGGCCAGGAGGUACGGCAGCGGCGGCGGCAGCAGCGGGGGCGGCAGCGGUGUCGUCAGCUGCGGUAGCGGAGCCGCCAGUACGGCGGAUGAGGGGGAGCCGGACCGGCCCGCCAAGCCACCGUCACGUCCUAGGGUUUUAGGACUGACAGCCUCACCCCUCACCCCCAUGGACCUCCAGAGCAACCUGUGUGGCGGUCGACUGAUCACCCCGCUGGACCGGGGGCCCCCAGUGGGGGAGUCCACUAGGCCUAGGGCCAAGAUAUGUUGGGUGGGUGCCGGUACCGACCUGGCUCCCCCGCCCCCGCUACCCCUGAAUUCCAACCCAGAUCCCGUGGACCCGCAGCAGGCGGUACGGGAACAUCAGGCCGCCUCCGAGUUGCUCUCUCAGCAAUCCCAGCUGCUCGUCCAGGGACUGGCCUUCAGUCGGGGGCUGCUGCAGCUGGCGGAGAAGGUGCUGGCGCGGCGGGACAAGCUGCAGCGGCUGCAGCACCUGGGGGAGAUCGGCCUGGAGCAGCUGGGGCUGUCGAAUGAGACGGUCCCGGCCGCCCUGCAGUCGGCCCUCCUGGGGGUGGGCCCGGGCAGCAGUGGCAGGAACGAGUACGACGCCUCCCUCCGGGAUAUCCGCAUUAUGAAGUCCCAGAUCUUCUCUCUGGAGGCCGCCCUGUCCGGACUGGGUCCCUGGCCCGCCCUGGCUGCCGCAGCCGGGGACAUCUUCGCGGGCCGGACCACCACCACCACCUCCAUCACCACCAACUCGGCAUCGCGGGGCGGGGGUGCCGGGGGGGGUGCCGGUGCUUCCAACCCGCCUUCGCAGGCAGUUUGUGUUGAGGCGGUUGAGCUGUUGGCGGAUGAGGACUUCAGUCGGGUGCUGGAGCCCACGGACCUGGGGCCCCCGCCCUCCGCGGAACUUGGCAGGGAGCUCAUGGAGGCACCGCGGGGGGGGGCGCCCGUGCUGGCGACAUCCGACAUGUUGGAGCUCAACGAUGCGCUCAACGGCGUCGGAUUGCCCCAGCUACCCCAGCUACCCGGCAGGGGGCCCCCCAGCUUGGGGGAGAGGGUGUCGUGUGCCGUACUAACCGUCAUCAUGGAGGGCUUCCUCUCACUGAUAGCCCCGCACCUGCACGAGGAGACCGCCGCCAUUGCCCUGGGUUACGGUCCCGCCCUGCUCGUCCAUGGCGGUUGGACGAGCUCGGGUCGGGGCGUGCUGACCCCCUGGGUUUUGCGGCUGCUGGGAUUGGUGCCCACGGAAGUUCUGCAGGAGCAGGUCCUGGGUGUGGUUCCGGAGCAGUCUGGUUCCACUGCUGCGGCUGCUGGCGGGGGCGGUGGUGGUGUUGGUGGUUGGCCUGUACGGCUGCUGCACCGGCGGGCGGUGGAGGCCCCGGGGGGCAGUAACGACAACAACAGCAAGAGGGCGGCCGGAGGCCCCGGAGGGCAGCAGCAGCAGCAGGAGCGGGAAGGGGGCGAGGGGGCGAGGGGCAGUAGCGGCACUGGUGGCGGCAGUAGUGGUGCUGCUACUGCUGCAGCUGCUGCUACUGCUGCCGCUCACUGGUCGGCCAUUGUGUUUUGCGAGCGCAAGCAGCAACAAGAGCAAGUACGACAGGACUUUGCAGCGGGUCGUCUGAAUCUGCUGCUGUCCACGUCUGUGGGCGCCGAGGGACUGGACUUUAGUCACUGCACGCUGGUGGCGGCUCUGGAUCUGCCCAAGCACGUCACGGCCUUUGUCCAGUCGGGGGGAAGGGCCAGGGCGCCAGGUGCGGAGCACUGGCUGCUGGUCAGCACUCCUGAGGAAGACGCGGCCGCAACGAAACUGCUCCAGGCUGAGCAACAUCUGAUGCUACAGGCUCACAGUCUUGCUACAGCCAAUUUCCGUGCCCUCUCGGGGGGUACGGCAGGUACCUCUCCCCCGGCCGUGGAGGGGGCCAUGGAACUGGAUGUGGGGUUGGACCUGGGGGGGGCGGGGAGUGCUGGGGGGCGGGGGGAGGGCGACGUGGAAGUGGAGGAGGGUGAGGUGUACGGCGGGGAGGAGCCCCCUCCCCCUCUGGUAUGUGAGGCCGGGGACGAGAUGGCGUUGGAGGUGCCCGCAACGGGUGCCCGGCUGCCCGCUGUCUGGGCGGUGGACCUGCUGCUGCAGCUGUGCUGCCAACUGCCCGGGAACGACGGGAGCACUGUCCUCCAGCCCAUAUUCCGUUGGCAGUCCCUGGGCCCUGGGCCCCAUGACCCGCGGUUCACCUACCGGGUGUUCCUGCCCGCCAACCUCGGCAUGGAGCCCGUGGACGGACCCCCGUGCGCCACCAAGGGACUGGCGAAGAAGUUGGCCAGUUUGGAGGCCGUACGGCGGUUGUGGGAGCGUGGCGAUCUGGAUGACCACCUGCGGCUCAAGAUCACUCGGCGGGGCGCCACCAAGGCGGCGCAUGCGGCGGCGUUUGGAGGAUGUGGGUGCCGGGGGCUGGAUGACUCUGUGGUGGCGGCAGCCACUGCGGCUGCGGCGCCCGGGGAGCAGCAGCAGCCGCCGGAGGGGCAACAAGAGGGCCUGGGUGUGCCCUCCGCCUCGGGUGCGGCUGCGACCCCUGCCCCUGCCCCCGCCCCUGCCCCCCCUCUCGCCGCCCUCUGCUGGGGGGUGGUGCUGCACGGGGAGCUGCCCCCGCUGCCGGCAUUCGACCUCCACCUGCCCGACGGCGGGAAAGGUGAGCUGCUUGUUCAGGCAACCCCCGUCCUCGUGGGGCCGCUACCUGCCGGACCCCUCCUGGACCGAGUGAUCAAUACCUUGGGCUGCGUGCUGGCGAGGUUGGUGACGGCGCCAUGCCCCGCCGCUGCCGUACGCUCCGCCAUCUCGGCCGCUGCCGACAUCGCUGGCAAGAUGUUGCCCUUCCGCCGCGUGCCCUUCGCUGAGGUGGCGGAGGGGGCGGAGGGGGGGGAGCAGCAGGGGCUGGAGGUGAGGAGGCUGCAGCGGGCGGCGGCGCGGGAUAGCGGCGCUGCUGGCGAGGUACUGGAAUUCAUAGAUUGGGACGUGGUACGGCAGCUGGCGACGGUGCCGACGCCGCUGGCGGAGGGUCACGAGCCCGACGAGGGGCCGGAGCGCCAGGUGCAGCGCCACGGACUCCUGCUGUCACUCAACACCUACCGGGUAUGCGGGCUGGCAGGGCCUCGUACCGCCGGUGACGUGGACAUGGCGGCGGCUGACGGCGGCAGGGGUACGGAGACGUGUACGGCUAGGGAAAGCAAUGCUGCCAGUGACAAGGGAUCCGACGGCGUCGCCGCCCGGGGGAUCGAAGCUGACGAGGGUGCCGGUGCUGCCGCCGUCGCUGUUGGCGGCGGUACGAAUAGCAACGCGAACGGCGACGGCCCUGACGGCGAUGCCGUUCCCUGCAAGCUGAUGAUCCAGGAGUUGUCCAUGUACGGCAAGGGGCGCCGGGACUGGCUCCAUAGCCGCUAUGACAGGGGCUACGGCGACGCUCAGGGCAAAGGCGGCGGAACCGGUGGCGGCGGCCAGGCUCGUACAAGUACGGAUUCAGUGCACGGCACCUCCGAAACCCAUGCUAAGCGGCCCCUGCCUACCGACCCUGACCUCCCGGGUUCCGGAGCUGCAGUCUUCACCCCCGCCGGCGAACACCCUGUACCCGGCUCGUUCCGGACUCGGUGUGUGAGACCUAGCCCGGUCCCCUCGCCCAGUGCGCCCCCCACCCCCGCACCCACCCCCGUGGAGUUGGAUGGGGAGGGCACGAGUGCUGACGAGGACGGAGACGCGUCACGACACCAACCAACAACCGCCAACUGUAAUGUGGGCGGAGAUGAAGCCGCCGAGGUGUCCGAGGCCGAGAAUGGCGGCGGUGACGAGAUCCUUGAUGACGCCGCCGCCGCCGCCGCCGCUGGCGGCACCGGCCGUGCUCCCCCUCCUCGUAGACAGCGGGAGCGGCGUCACAUGUUCCGGGAGCUGGGUCCCCUGCGCCCCGACCGGGUGGCGCUGUACCCGAUGGACCUCCACCGGUGGAGGCUGCUCCAGGGGCUGCCCAGCAUCAUGUGGCGGGUGGAGGGCCUUACGGCGGCCUCCGACUACCUGGACAACACACUUGAGCCAGCUAGUUUCCAGCCCGGCUGUCCUGAGCCAUGCGUCCGGGACCGGCGGUUGCUGCUGGUGGCCACCUCUCUGACCGCCCCCGCCGCCGGAGACCCCGUGUUCAACAACGACCGGCUCGAGUUCCUGGGGGAUGCCGUACUGAAGCUGCUGGCACAUGUGUAUGUGUACCUGCGGGAGAGGGUCGCAGGUGUGAAUGGCAAGCGGCUGGCGGACGCUGUGGAGGCGCUCAUCGGGGCCCACGUGCUGCCGGCGGUGGAGGCGGAGGUGGCCCGGGCGGCGGGGGCGGACCCCGCGUCCGGGGUGUUGGGGGUGUUGGGGGCAGCUGCCGCCGGUGCCGGCCAGCUGCGUGUGACCAGGGACAUCCGAACUUGCAGCUCUGCCGUACAGGUGGCCAUAUACGACGCGCUCCAGUUCUGUACGGGUGUGGGUUUGCUCCCCCCCGACACCCCGGCGGUCAUACUGGAGCGGUUCGACCAGCGCAAUGUGCUGGCGGUGGAGGAGCUGCUGGGGCACACAUUUGCGCAUCCGAAGUUGUGUGUGCAGGCCCUGACCCACGUGAGCCACCCCACUGCCAGCAGCUGCGGGGGGGGGUACCAGCGGGUGGAGUUCCUGGGCGACGGAGUGCUGGGUAUGGUGGCCUCCGUGUGGGCGUUUUGCAGCGUACCCAGCCGGGACACCAUCCGCCCCGUCCCCACGUCCUCCACAUCCCUCUGGAUCCGCGUACCCUCUCCGCACGGCGGCACUGCGGAGCACAUGACGACGCACCGUACAGCUCUGGUCAGCAACGGCCCCCUGGCGGCGGCGGCUGUACGGCGGGGACUGCACCAGCACCUGAGAACCGGGUCGAUGAGCCUCAUGGCAGCAAUAAACAACUUCGUGGCGGCUUACCAGGAAGGGGACGAGGGACCGGAGACGUACCUGGCGCAGAGGUACCUCGAGUCGCCCUAUCUGGUGGGGGGGAAGAAAUUCGACCUGCGCAUCUAUGCGCUCGUCACGUCGUACAGUCCGCUACGAAUCUUCCUGCACCGGACUCGGCACGAUGCAGUUGCCCGGGUGGGUCAGGACCGGGUGCUCGUCACCACGACGGAGAGAGUGGCCAAGAACAAGCGAGCGGAGAAGCGGUUGAUGCGGGAGCAGUGGCAGCAGCAGGCGGGCGGCAGUAAGGCCCCGCGUAAGGCCCUGGCCGCCGGGGACCUGGAGGGCGAGCAGGACGCGCUGAGGGCCCCCAAGGCUCUGGCCGACUUGGUGGAGGCCCUGGUUGGUGCCGUGUACCUGGACACCGGGGGUGACCUGGGGGCGGCGGAGCGGGCAGUGGCGAAUAUCAUGCUUGCGUGA